AUGAUUCGACGUAGCGUCAGCUUCGGCUCAGACCCAACUCAACCGGGACUCCUUGAGGUCAGCUUGGAUACAUUUACGCGAUUUCAAGCUGUUUUGGGAUCAGGAUGUUCCCUGGUGCUUUUCGUUGCCAUUUUCCCAAACCUCUUCGCGAUUUAUUACUCGGCCAAAAAUAAUGACCUAUUCCUGAGCGUUCGGCUAGUCCUAACGGCCGAAAAUGUGCAACGAUUCGUCUAUACGAUAAUUCAAAUGGCAAACUACUUGUGCACGAGCUUUUUGGCCACUGGAUGUUCAAAUGAUGGCAUCGCCGCUUUUAUUCUCAACAAUGGUCGGAAUUUGUUAGUCGUGAACGCAUUUUGUCAAGCGUUCGUCUCAUUCAGUCGUUUCAUGGCCGUUUCUUUCGAUGGAAUGCUCUUCAGAUGUGUUGCCAACUCUGGCAUAUUUCAUGUUUACAAUGGAUCUUUUCACUCUUUCAAAGCUUCGAAAACGGAAUCAUUCCAAAGUUACGACGGCGGAGAGACGUUUAAUGGUUCAGAUGAACUCAUAUGUCUCUACAUGUAUUUACACGCUUGGACUGAGCUAUUUAAACAUGAUCUACCUGAAAAAGAAAGUCUCUUCAAGAAG